GCAGGUCCCAUGCCCAAGCACGUGGCCUUCAUCAUGGAUGGCAAUCGCCGUUACGCCCAGAAGUGCCACGUGGAGAGGCAGGAGGGGCACUCACAAGGCUUUGAUAAGCUGGCACAGACGCUGCGGUGGUGUUUAAAUCUGGGCAUCCAGGAGGUCACUGUGUAUGCCUUCAGCAUCGAGAACUUCAAACGCUCCCAGGAGGAGGUGGAUGGACUGAUGGAUCUGGCAAGGCAGAAGUUCAGCCGCCUGCUGGAAGAACAGGAGAACCUGAAGAAGCAUGGUGUGUGUAUCCGUGUCCUCGGGGACCUGCCACUUCUGCCCCUGGAUAUCCAGGAGCUGAUUGCCCAAGCUGUGCUGGCAACCAGGAACUACAACAAAUGCUUUCUGAAUGUCUGUUUUGCUUACACCUCGAGACAUGAAAUCAGCAAUGCUGUCAGGGAGAUGGCGUGGGGGGUGGAACAAGGACUGCUGGAACCCAGUGAUGUGUCUGAGUCGUUGCUUGAUAAGUGUCUGUACACCAACAACUCCCCUGACCCAGAACUCCUGAUUCGAACCUCGGGAGAGGUCCGGCUGAGUGACUUCUUGCUCUGGCAGACAUCCCAUUCUUGCCUGGUGUUUCAGUCAGUCCUGUGGCCAGAAUAUUCCUUUUGGAACCUGUGUGAGGCCAUCCUUCGGUUCCAGAUGAACUACAGUGCUCUGCAGAAGGCGAGAGACUCCUACAUGGAGGAGAGGAGGCGAGAACAGAUGGAAAGGGAUCAGGCUUACGUGACCAAGAAGCUGCAGCAGGAGGGGGUCGUGUCCCACGGAGACUCCCGGCGGCGCCGGACGCUGUUGCAGAAAUGCAGUGCCAUGAGGGAGGAGAGGAUCCGGGGCUUCCUGCAGGCACUGGAGCACAAGAGAGCUGACUUCUUUGAGAGAUUGUGCACGGUGUCUGCGUGACACAGGCGCCGGGUUGUGCUCGGGAAGAUCAUUCCUAACCACCUUAGAGGGAGCAGCUGCCGCCCGGAGGAAUUCCCUCAGUGUGGUUCUGCAGU